AUGAAUGCACAGAUUUUUGAAGCGCUCGACGGGCUCGAAAGCAAACUCAGCGCCCUACUGUCGUCUCUGACGACCUCCCCAACAGCGGCCAGCGCGCCCGCUGCGGCGGCCGCCCUUCUCGAGGCAGACGACGCGGUCUCGUCCGCGCUGGACACCCUGCGCACCCACCAGGCAAACUACGCCAAGAUCUUACGACUACGCGCUGAGGCAGAAAGCCUAGAGGAGCGGAUCAAGAGCACCGUACGCGACAUUGCGGGAAUUGGGAAGGAGAUCGCGGUCACGACUGGCGACGACGACGACGACGACGAUGAUGCAAGCGACACGGAGACGGACACUGAGAGUGAAGAUGAAGAUGAGCGCGACGAAAAUUUAAUGACAGAUGGACGAGGCGAGCAACAGGGCCGUCGGAGGCAUGGCCGCAAAAAACGGAAAGAGGUGGAUUACAGACUCCUACUCGACUUUGCCCGCAGGAUCAGCAAGUACAACAAGCAGGCGGCUGCCGACGCUGCUGCGGGCGUCGGUGCUCGUCCGAUCAAGAAGCUUCAGAAGGAUGGAGAUACAGAGAUGACGGACGUCAAUGGCGACGCGCACGCGACUGGGCCCGGUCCACACGAAGGUCCGGACGAACCUGUCCCCUCCGUCACCAAGGAAGCAGCCAAGUGGCUCGACGAAUCGGCAGACCAGGCACGCCAGGUGUACAUGAUUCCCUAUCCGAGCGAGGACCGGAUCCGAAUGGGCGUGAUGGGACAGCUACAGAUGGCAGCAGCAGAGAGACAGAUAGACCCCGAGAAGGAGGCUGAGAGGAUGGUGCGGGAAGCUGAGGGAAUUGCGCUUGCUGGAGACAUUCCCGAGCAGAUUGGGCCAGAUCAGCAGUUGGCUGAUGAGGCAGCCAGGGCGGCGGCCGAGGCUGGCUCAACUGUCAUGGAGGGAGCGCCAGAACCAGGCGGUAGAGUCAUGAGGCCGGCUCCAGCACCGAAACCAAGGGCCAAGCUUGAUCUGGACCUUUACGACCCGGAUGAUGACGAUAUAUGA